AUGGCAGGCGGCAAUGACAUCAACGUUGCAACUUCGCACCGCGACAUCAACCGUGACGAUGAUCACUUCGACGAAAAGCCCGGUACGGUGGAGGAGAAGUACAGAGGCACUUCCGCCGAUCGAGAAGACAUGAGGAUCCUGGGGAAGCAGCAGGUGCUGAGGCGCAACUUCAAGUUCAUCACCAUGCUGGGGUUUGCGUCGACGGUGAUGGCGUCUUGGGAGCUUCUGUUGCCAUUGUUCAUUUUCGUCCUGACAGACGGUGGAACUGCGGACUUGUUUUGGGGUUUUAUUGCGGUCGCCAUCGGCAUGACUCUUGUGUAUGCUUCAUUAGCUGAGAUGGCAUCGAUCAGCCCAACUGCUGGAGGUCAAUAUCAUUGGGUCAGCGAAUUUGCGCCGCCUCGAAUCCAGAAAGAGUUGAGCUACAUCGUUGGCUGGCUAUGCGCCAUUGGAUGGCAGGUCUAUCUUGCCGGCGUCUGCUUCAUUAUUGGAUCCGUGAUCGAGGGCCUUAUCGUCUUACAAGUACCAGGCUAUGAGUUGCAACCCUGGCAUAGCACGCUCUUGACUAUUGCCGUCAUUGCAUUCUCCGUUGUUUUCAACACGGCUCUAGCGACCAGACUCCCUCUGAUUGAGGGCGUGAUGUUCAUUUUGCACCUCGUCGGUUUCUUCGCGAUUAUCAUCCCACUGUGGGUAAUGGCGCCUCGAGCCACGGCCAAAGACGCCAUCCUCACUUUCAGCAACAAUGGAGGCUGGCCAAGCACCGGUUUGUCAGCCAUGAUCGGUCUAACAUCACCUUUGUCGGUCAUGAUUGGUUAUGAUUGCUCUGUGCACAUGUCGGAGGAAAUUCGAGACGCUUCCAUCACUCUACCACGAGCACUUAUGUGGUCCACCUUUCCCAACUUCGUCCUGGCUUUCAUCAUGGCCGUGACCCUCUGCUUCACCCUAGGCGACAUAGAGAACAUCCUCUCGUCACCAACUUAUCAACCCUUCAUCCAGGUCUUCUACAACGCCACCCGAAGCUACGCCGCAACAAGUGUGAUGGUUGCAAUUGUCCUCAUCUUGCUCGUCUCCUGCUGUGUCAGCGAAGUCGCUACAGCCAGCAGGCAGUUGUGGUCCUUCGCUCGCGAUCGAGGUCUUCCUGGCUCCACGUGGCUUUCAUGGGUCUCGCCAGGCUGGAAUAUCCCUCUGCGCGCCGUCUGCGUAUCGUUGUUGGUCAGCUCCUUGCUGUCAUUGAUCAAUCUUGGAUCUUCGGUCGCUUUGAAUGCCAUCAACUCGCUCGGUGGAGUGGCUAUCUUGACAUCUUAUUUCAUUACGAUCAGCUGUUUCAUAUGGCGGCGAUUCAACGGUCCGCCUCUACCACGAGCUCGGUGGUCGCUUGGACGAUUCGGUCUUCCGAUCAACAUUGCCGCUCUCUGUUUUCUGCUUCCACUAUGGUUCUUUGCCUUCUGGCCAUUAGCCACACCCGUGACGCCGACCAACAUGAAUUGGUCAAGCGCUAUGUUCGGAGGUCUACUCAUCAUCGCAAUGAUCUACUACUUCGUCAAGGCACGACACGAAUAUCAAGGCCCUGUUGCGUAUAUCAAGCGUAUGUAG